CAACCCGGAAGUGACAGUUUAUUAGCUGCUCUAUGUUUAAAAAAAAAUACAUAGAGACGUGGCUCUGUACAUAGUUUUCAUGUAGUUUCAGUGCAGAUAUGCCGCGGUACUGUGCUGUGAAAGUUUGCAGAAACCGCGGGGGAACUGCAUCUACACAAGACAACAAGAGAAUUAGCUUCUACCCUUUCCCCUUGCAAGACAAGCCCAGGCUUCAGAAAUGGGUGGACAACAUGAAGCGAGAGGAGUGGAUCCCGAGUCGACAUCAGUACCUGUGCAGCGAGCAUUUUACAGAGGACUGCUUCGAUAUUCGAUGGGGCAUCCGCUACCUGAAGAACACGGCCAUCCCCACCGUAUUCCCUUCCGCUGAGGAUGAUGGUGAGAAAAAAGUUACUGCCAUUAAAAGAAGCCCCAAGGCCAAGCCCAGGACUUUAGACGCUGACAUUGAGCCCACAGGAUUUGACUGUCCUCUCAGUAAAAGGCCUCUUAUUUUGAGCAGAACGUGCAAAAAGGUCCAGUCAAGUACAACAAACAACAUUGUUGCAGAACACACAGAGAUUAUAUUUGAACCACCUCUGGUGUCGGACACUGGCGUCUCCUGUCACUCAAAUCUCUCAGAGACACAGACUGCUGCUUGUGACAUCCAAGGUGACAGUGUAAUGCCUACAGCAUCCUGCCUCACACUACCCCCAUGCAGUAAGCCCCCUUCUGAGGAGCAGGCAGACACGACUGUGACCGUGUUGUACUGUGAGUCACUAGGCCCUUUCUCCAAAGGAGAGGAACAUGUGGAUGCAGCUGCCCUCCAAGCAGCACUGGGCCGGGCCUUUACCUUUGUCCCUGUGGAAAUGGUGAACGAACCAACAGGCUUCUUUUUGGAGGAGAGGGGACCUGACGAGGAAGAGCACAUCACUGUUUACGAGCACUCGUACUGCCGACCGGACACGGACAGAGAUCAGCUUUGGAGUAAGAUCUUGACUUUGCAUGCAAAGAUCUUGGAACUGGAUCGCAGGGAGGAGAGCACUGUGGCCAAAAUCCGAGCUCUUGAGACUGAGAUCACCCUCCUGAAGAGAGAUGGUGCUGUUUUUAAAGAGAAGCAGAAAGUUUUAGAAGAUUAUAUAUCAUCUGUGUUGCUCUGAUUCUGCAAGUGAUUACAAGCCAUGAACUUAAAAUUAAAUUGUGGAUAACAUUUAUUUUAAUUGUUACCACAGAGUUACUUUUGCUGAUAUAUUGCACACAUGCUCCUAUACGUAAAGCACAGCAGCACUAAGUCUGUCUUAUAAAACAUUGCUCUCAUAUUUCCAUAAUGCACUUGGAUAUCUUAUUAUUUGUUUUUGUCCACAUGGUGGCACUGUAUGACUGUGUUUCAAAGCUAAACUGAGGCAUUGCUUUUCAGCUUUGCUGUGCUAUGCUUCUGAUGCAUAUCCAAGAUUUGUUUGUUAGAUAUCUAAAGUUUUGACAUGAUUCAUGAACUUAGAUGGGCUUAGUACUGUCUGCUGUGUGUCUCACAAUUGCCUUUGUUACAGUUUCUUGUUCCAUCACACCAUACCAUAAUUUCAUGGUGUGAUUUUUUUUCAUUGGUGUCUCCAUUUGUGAUUGAAUUCAUUUGGUUUUCAUGUUUUUAGCCUUUAUUUACAUUUGAAUAGCAUUUGAGUUACUGUUUUAUUAUCCUUGGUGACUAAGAAGGGCUCAGAGUGGACACAUGCUGUCUGGCCUUCAAAAUGCACUUUUACUUUUCAGGCCCUUUUAACACCAGACAAAUCCUGCUGUAAAGGUGUUGUACUUGCUUUUACUAUACUAUGCUCAUUUUCUUUCUGUGCUCUGCAUGCUUUCUGGUAUCAUCCUGUGUCAUUCUGUGCAAUCCCCUGCAAGUCCCAAACAUUCUGCGUUACUGGAAAAAAAAAACAGCAAUGGAUUCACUUUAAUGGAGAAUAAAGUGUACUGUAAAUGUGCAGCAGAAGGAUUUAUCUCCCACUUUUCCACCCUUGGGCCCUGAAUUAGUCAUCAUAGUAUUUUGGCCAAGUGAGAUAAUCCUAUUUGAAGCAGCUAGCCAGAAUGAAAUGCGCUACAGGCUGUCUCUGCACUGCAGCAGGCCUGGUCACAGGCUCUGUGGAACAGUGUAGAGUGGAUUGUGACCAUGGUAAAACAUUGUAUUGUCAACCCACACCUGAGAUAAAAAAUUAAUGGCCCUCCAACAACACGAUCAUCUGCUGUAUACAUUUCAAAAUAGCACAACAACAAAACACCUAUUGUGCUUUUAUUGAGCAACGUCACUGCAUUACUUCAAGAUUUUAAUUACACUACAAAGGCAGUAUACAUUCAUGAUGUAUUCAUGUAUGUUUGUAUAGCACCAGCUGUGUGUGAGAUGGAGCCUGCAGAGAGGCUGAAGUGUUUUUUGAAUUAAUUAGAAACUGAUUGUGUAUAUGAAAGGAUUUGUGGAGUGCAAUUUCAUAUGACUCCAGGGUGUUGCAUUAUAUUAAAAGGUUUCAAGAUGACACAUUUCCCCGGCCACAAGUGACAGCGGGGUCUGCUGCACCGACAAGGAUUCUCAAAAUUAGUAACCAAAUUGUUGUAAUCACGUUGCUCCGCAUCUCGAUGGGAAAACAAAACAUCACAGUGCAUUUGUGCCCUAAUGCAACCAAAGCUUAUAGAUGUAAGUGCAGGACUUCAGUAUAUCUUUUUUAAAACUGAAAUGUGUCAUAACAACACACAUUUCAGUUUUAAAAAUUGUUUCAAAAAAUGAAAAAAUAACAACAGCAGCAGGUGUUUUACAUCUAUGCAAAAGAAACAAAUUCAGAUCCCCCAUCUAUUGCAGGCGAAUUAUUGAGGGUGACGUUAGCGCUGUCAAAAGUAAAUGAUCAUUAAUUUGUUCGAUUGAAUAUCUGGAACAGUAGUAAUACAAACAUUAUAGAACAUUAAAAAUAAGUCAAAUAUGUCUGUG